AAUUUCUGUUUACUUUAGAUGUAAUAUAAAUACGAUGUCUUGAUAUUUUUGUAGCACUUGUUCUCGAAAAGUUUAUUGUCCGGUAGUAGAUUUGGACAUAAAUUCAUGAAGAUCUUGUUCCUUGCGUCUUUGACGACGGAAACUGGAAAUUUCUCCACCGCCGAUCGACUUAGGAGGUGUCUCACUGAUUAUGACAUAGCCUGCUGCUUGCGUUGUGUGACAUCCUUUGAAGACAGUGAGUCAGUAAACAAGUUUGUUAAAACUGAUGGUUUCCAGUGUGCCAUCGGCAUACAUGCUUGGAGAGCUGGACGACUAUUAUUAGAUUGUCCAGUGCCAUUUGCCAUCAUAUUUGGAGGAACAGAUCUUAAUGAGUAUGACCGAGACAAAGAGAAGUUUGAGACUAUGACCAAAGCCAUCAGGAAGGCAAAGUACCUUGUGGCCUUUAGCUCUUCAAUGAAGAAUCAAGCAGUGGUUCUGUGGCCAGAUUGUGAAGAGAAGAUAAUUUUACAGCCACAAGCAGUAUGUGUUGAGCCUUCAGGAUUUCUGUUCCAUGACUAUUGCAAACAAGUCAUUGAUGCACAGAGACAACAUAAAAUUUCAAAUGGUUACCUUAGUCACAAACACACUGGCUUAACUGUGUUUUUGUUGGUUGCUGGUUUAAGGCGAGUGAAAGACCCUCUUUAUCUGGCAGAGUCAAUAUCAGAAUGGCAUAAAGAUGACAAUAGCAUUCACUUAGUCAUAGUAGGACCAGAGCUUGACACUGAAUUUGCGAGAGAGAUCAAAUCUAAAGUGCAGAGAUUUCCAGGAGUUUACAUUUUUCCGCCAUUGCCAGCAUGUGAUCUCCAUGCAGCAAUGCAAAGCUGCUUCGCUGUUGUAAACAGUUCAACCAGUGAAGGAAUGGCAUCUGCUCUUUUAGAGUCCAUGGCACUUGGUGUUCCAGUACUGGCACGAAUCAUUCCUGGAAACUCUGCAGUGAUAAAACACAAAGAGACUGGUAUUCUCUAUAAUUCACCCGAGGAAUUUAUCACACUUGCCAAAGAAUUAAAGAAAUCUCCUCAACUUCGCAACUACAUAACAACGAAUGCUAAAAAGUACAUUGGCGAGCAUCACUCUGUUGAGAAAGAAACUAAAACAUACAAGUGGCUUGUCAAGAAACUUGGUUCACUUCAGCGGCAACAGUCUGGGUCCACCUUUGAGGAGUCGAGGGAAAUUCUGACAGAGCAAGUAUGUUGAAGAAUGUGCACAAUGCUUCUGAAGGAGUCAAGAACAGGAAAAUGUGGCGAAGGGUUGCUCAGCAAUACGUGAAGUAGAAGUGUUGGUAAUGGUCUGGAUUGGAGGGUCAUAAUCGCCGCCGCAGGAUCUGGGUACAAGAUUAGUCCCAGCCAACACCCCCAUUGGAUGAUGUGUAAACGCUUAAAUAUAACCUGAAGGAAAUCAGUAUUUCGUUACCAAGCGAAGACAUUUUACCCGCGUUCCCUAAAUUGAUAAAACUUUUCUGGAAAAUGGAACGGUUUUCGAUAAAAUUUGAAAGUCGGUACAAAAAAAAUCUCCGAAAGUAGACGCUUUUGUCCGAAAUUGGACGUUACCGUCCGGAAGUGGACGGUAAUGUCCGAAAGCGGUUGUAAGUGGUUAAAGUCAGACACUAUCCUUCGCUUAAAUACAAACACUACACAUAAACAAUCAGCAAAGAAGUUAAAAGAAAUAUUACAAAAAAUUGACCCAAAAUUUUUAAUAAUUUCAUUUGAGUAAAGAUAUAUCAUUGUCUUACUUUAAA